AACAGCCUUACCAGUACCAGUGAGUUCAAGACAGAUACGAGCCCUACUUGAAUUAACCUUGUGCUAGAUUACACUCAUGGCAUUCCUCGGUCUUCGCAAGUGGUCCACUCCUGUGUUGAGGCCCAUGGCACCCUUCCUUGCAGCAAGCGCUGUCACUUUCUACCUCGUCUCAAAGAUGCAGGAGAUGGGUGUUCGUUCGGAGACAUACGCCAAGGAUCCCAAAAACCCGUACGGUGCUCAAAUUGCAAAGGAGGCACAUCAUUAGAAGGCCCUUUUCGCACACUUAGAACCACAUAUCCUUAAUAUUGGAAAAUGGCUGGCACAAAACACGAUGUUGUUGCGGUGAACUGAAUGGAUUUCCCACCAUGACUCAC